AUGACGACGAGAAUCUUUCUCAGGCGUGGUGGCGCGUAUUCCACCGCGCGACUCUCCUCGUUGGUUCGCAAAACUACCACGACCGCUCGGAAUCUGCGUCCGAAUGAACAUCUGUGUCGCCGGUGUUUUUACGCCUCGGUGUCAACCUCUUCUCCGUCCUCCAAGGACGAUAACGACAUGAACGAGAAGAAAAAGAAGCCAAAACAACUCUCGUUCCACCCGCUCUCGUUCUCCGGAACGAAACUCUGCGCGAACAUGAGCAUGCUUUCCUAUUGGAAUUGCGGGCAAAAAGGGUUCUUGGAUGCGAAAAUCGAUGAAACUGCUGCUGAAAGUAACACGAAGAAUCUCAUGGAAGUUGAGGGCAAGUUUGGAUUCGAAUUCGUCAUCUCGAACGAACCGGAAAUGUUGAGGCAAAAAGCGUUAUCUCUAUGCGUGAUCGAAGAGAAAGAACGAGAGAUGAGGACGUGGUUGGAUUUUGACGACGACGGAAACGACGACGACGAAGGGAGUAGCGGGAGUAGCAGUAGUAGUAGUAAUAAUAAUAAACCGGAAAGCCGAACGUUGAUCGUCUCGCUGAAAGAACCGAACUGGGUGUUGGUCGUGUUUAGAGGCACGACGCCGAACCCGCAGAGAGGGUUCUUUCGGGAGAGCAAGAUAAACAGCAGAGCUGGGCAAGUCGUUUGGAAAGAUUGUCCGUACGAAAAUAUCGAGGCUAAAGUACACGCCGGGUACGCGAACGCGUUCGGGAUCGUGAGAGAGAGGGUGGAGAGAGACGUCGUGGAGAGAGUGAAGAGGAAGAUUAGAGAAUCAGAAGAAGAAAAAGAAGAAUCGAAGACGAUGCCGCCGAGAAUUGUGGUCACCGGACACUCGCUGGGAGGCGCCAUGGCGACGUUGUGCGCGGCGAGGUUAGGGAAUAGCGAGGAGAUUAAAAAACUGGGAGCGAAAGUGUCUCUGAUUUCGUUCGGGCAGCCGAGGGUCGGAGACGCAAAUUUCAAGACGCUUUUUGAGAAGAAAGAAAACGCGAAUAAUAAUGAGGAUAAUUACUGCAUGGACGGGUAUUUAAGAAUAGUCAACGAACAAGACGUGUUUGCUCGCGUGCCGCCGAAAUCGGGGAUUUGGAUACCCGAGGACGUGUUGGAAACCUCUUUAUCCUCCUCCAUCGACGCGAAACAGUGGACGUAUCAAUACGAACACGCGGGCGAUUGCGUUUGGUACCGAGACGACGGACGGAUUUUAUUUCGAGAGGAACCGAAAGGCGUGUCGUUGAGAACGGUCAAUCCAAUCUCAAUCGCGUUAGAUCAUUCAAAGUACGCGAAAUUGUUUGACGACGAAGGAACGAAGAAAAAUUUUCCUCGAGCCGUCUGUUUUCAUCCCGAGAGAACAGAUCCGAAGACCAUAUGUAUCAAUUGUCCAGAUCCAAAGAAUGACUUUCGUCGACGAGAAACAAAAAGCAUUUGA